AUGGUACUGACAAGAAAUCUAUUGAACGAGGAACUACGCGAUCAGUACCGCAGGCCGGGGGAUGUGAAACGACAGUUUGAAGAAGCCCUUACCGGCGAAAUGAAGGAGCAUGGAUUUCUCGCACACGAUGACUUACUUCAGUACCACGACUUCCGGGAUGACCUAAGUGAAAUGGUCGAGUUCGAUCAUCCUCAGUAUCCUGACGUAGAGGACUUGAUCGGGCGUGUCCAGAGGAAGAUCUUUAAGUUCUCCGGGGAGGAAUAUUUCGGCUGA